AUGUCGUUCCCCGCGGGCAAAGCAGCGCCCGAGCGCAAAACGUUCUUCAAGAAAGGCAUUGACGCGGAUGAGUCCCGUCGGAGCCGCAUGGAGACGACGGUGCAGAUCCGCAAGACCAUUAAAGAAGACCGGAUCAACCAGCGCCGUCGAAUGGCGCCUGAGGACAGUCGAGCCGCAGCAACUCCUGCUGCGGACGACGCUGCUGGAGAACUGACGCUUGUGCAGCGGCUGUCGGAGCUUCCACAGAUGGUCACAGGUGUGCAGUCGAGUGACGCCGCUGUGCAACUUGAAGCGGUGACCAAGUUCCGGAAGCUCUUGUCGAUUGAACGCAACCCGCCGAUCAAGGAAGUGAUUGAUACCGGCGUUGUGCCGAAGUUUGUGCAAUUUCUCCAGCGUGAGGACUUUCCCACGCUGCAGUUUGAAGCGGCCUGGGCCCUGACGAAUAUUGCAUCGGGGACCUCGGUGGAUACCGAGGUUGUGAUCAACCAUGGCGCCGUUCCUAUUUUCUGCCAGCUACUGCUAUCAACAAACGAUGACGUGCGCGAGCAGGCUGUCUGGGCUUUGGGAAACAUUGCUGGCGACUCCAUUGAGUACCGUGACAUGGUGCUGCGCUGCGGUGCCCUGCGUCCGCUUAUGCAGCAAUUGACAGAGAACUCCAAGCCAACUAUGCUUCGUAACGCUACGUGGACGCUGUCGAACUUUUGUCGGGGCAAGCCUCAGCCACAGUUUGAACUCGUGGCGCCCGCGCUCCCAACUCUGGGCCAGCUCAUCUACACUCACGACGAGGAAGUGUUGACGGACGCGUGCUGGGCCCUGUCGUACCUGUCAGAUGGCUCGAACAAAAAGAUUCAGGCUGUAAUUGAGGCCGGUGUGUGCCGGCGGAUUGUCGAAUUGUUGAUGCACCACUCCUUUUCCGUGCAGACGCCUGCUCUGCGUACGGUCGGUAACAUCGUGACUGGCGACGACUUGCAAACACAGGUCAUUAUUAAUUUGAAUGCGUUGCCGUGCCUACGUGCGCUUCUGGAAAGCCCUAAGAAGGGAAUCCGAAAGGAGGCUUGCUGGACGCUGUCCAACAUCACGGCCGGCAACCAAGAACAGAUCCAGUUUAUCGUGAUGGCUGACAUUUUCCCAACCCUCAUCAGCUUCCUGUCCACGGCCGAGUUUGAUAUCCGCAAAGAAGCUGCGUGGGCGGUGUCGAAUGCCACGUCGGGUGGAUCAGUGGAGCAGAUCAUGCAUCUUGUUAGUCUUGGGUGCAUCAAGCCCUUGUGCGAUCUACUGGAGGUGAAGGAUGCGAAGGUUGUCAUCGUGGCUCUCGAGGGUCUUGAGAACAUAUUGCGUGCGGGCGAGCAGCAGAAGACAAACGACAUUAACGACGUUGCAACGAUGAUCGAUGAAGCCGAUGGUGUGUCGAAGAUCCAGGCUCUGCAGUACCAUGCCAACGAAGACAUUUAUGUCAAGUCGAUGAAAAUCGUGGAAGCAUACUUCAACGGCGAGGAGGACGCGGAAGACAGCCUAGCGCCCAAUGCGGAUGCAAACGCACAGCAGUUCCAGUUCGGUACAUCCUCGGACCAGCCGACUAUGUUCCAGUUUGGCCAGAACUAA